CAGCGAUAACAAUGGCGUCGCAUUUCAGCGGAGUGCUUCAGCUCACAGAUAUGGAUGAUUUUAUUACUCCGUCUCAGGAAUGUGUCAAACCUGUAAAGGUGGAAAAGAAGCAGGGAAGAUCCGUGGCUAAAAUCCAGAUAGAAGAUGAUGGCAGUUAUUUUCAGGUCCAUCAGGAUGGUCAAAGGCAAAAGUUGGAGAAAGCAAAGAUUACUCUGAACGACUGUCUGGCUUGCAGUGGCUGCAUCACGUCUGCUGAAAGUGUCCUGAUCACCCAACAGAGUCAUGAGGAUCUGUUCCGUGUGCUACGGCAAAAUAAGCAGGUCAGCAGUAGCGAGCAGAAGGUGGUGGUGGUGGUGUCUGUGUCUCCUCAGUCGAGAGCCUCUCUAGCAGCACACUACGGUCUCAGCAGCAGCGAAGUGGCUCGUAGACUCACCAGCUUCCUGAAGAACUUGGGUGUCCAUCACGUGUUUGACACCGGCUUCAGUCGCUCAUUCAGCCUGUUAGAAAGCCAGAGGGAGUUUCUAGAGCGAUUCAGUCGGAAGGAAGAGGACAAGAAGGCACUACCGAUGCUGGCGUCUGCCUGUCCAGGCUGGAUUUGCUAUGCUGAGAAGACUCAUGGUGAAUUCAUCCUCCCGUACAUCAGCACGACCCGCUCGCCCCAGCAGAUGAUGGGUUCUCUAGUCAAGGGCUAUUUCGCCUCGCAGAAGGGUGUUUCACCACAGAAGAUCUACCAUGUGACCGUGAUGCCCUGCUAUGAUAAGAAACUCGAGGCUUCCAGACCAGACUUCUACCUCAGCGAGUACGAGACCAGAGAGGUGGACUGCGUCAUCACUUCAGGUGAAGUUCUGAAGAUGUUGGAAGAGGAGAAUGUGUCUUUGAGGGACGUGGAAGUGGGACAUUUAGACACGAUGUUCAGUAACGUGUGUGGGGAGGAGCUGCUGGGUCACGCAGGAAGUGGAUCUGGAGGAUACCUUCACCACAUCUACAAACAUGCCGCCAAACAGCUGUUUAGGGUUGAAGUAGAUGAACUCACUUACAAGACUAUGAAGAACAAAGACUUCCAGGAAGUCACUCUAGAGAAGGACGGUCAAGUUCUGCUGCAGUUUGCUGCCGUCUACGGCUUCAGGAACAUUCAGAACCUGGUGCAGAAGCUGAAACGCGGAAAGUCACCGUACCACUUUGUAGAAGUGAUGGCAUGUCCGUCAGGAUGUCUUAAUGGCGGCGGUCAGCUUAAGCCUUCAUCAGAUCAAACUAACAAAGAGCUGCUGCAGCAGGUGGAGGAGUUGUACCGCGGUGAACGUCCCUCAGUGCCAGAGCAGGACUCACCAGUGGCUGAACUCUAUCAGAGCUGGUUAGAGAGCAUGGGUGAGGAGAAAGCCAGACAGCUGCUGCACACACAGUACCACAGCGUAGAAAAAAACACCAGUGGACUCAGUAUAAAGUGGUGAGGAGACACUGAUGAACUGUUUAUGUUGUUUCUUUGCCAGUGUUUCUGAAACCACUGAGCACAUCUCUGUGUGUGAACUGUCUUUAACAUGCAUUUGACACUACACCAGCUCAACACUUAUAGACAUGUCAUUAACAAAUGUGAUUAUGAAGUAAUAUUUCCUGCAAAUAUGCUUCUAUUAGGUAUCUGCUGAAGAAAGUUGAGGUCAGACUACAUACCAAACCAGCAUUUAUGUAUUUUAUAGCAGUAGACAAUUUUUCUGUCCAUUAAUGUUGCCUUAUUUUUUCUUUCUUUCAUUUAUUCAUGAGUUUGUUUCUUUGAAAGCGUUGAAUGCAAAAGAUGUUACUAUGUAGU